CGCGCCGGCGCCCGAGUUUGCGCCGCGGCCUCCGGCACCGCUCAUGCUCCACCUGAGGGGAGGAGACGACAAAGCAGCCCGGCCGGGGGUCCCAACCCUCGGGACCUGGAGCUGGAGGACCCGAGGUGGCCAUCCACUCGCUGUACGCGGCAGGGCCGCGGAGGAGUUGCGGGGCCUCGCUAAACUCGGACAUGGGGUCAAGUUGGGGCAGAAUCUGCAUCUUCCUGGGCCCUGGUUUUCAUCAGAUUUCCAAAGGGACCUUCCACGAAGGGCCAGCUGUAUGAUGGAAAAUAACGUUUCUCGAGCUCUGACCACGUCCCAGCACUGCGCUGAACCCUUCCCAAACAUCCCUUUUAGUCCGAGCAGCAACGUGUGUGUAGACCGUGUUAUCAUCUCUGUUUUUCCAGUGAGGAAACAAGCGCAGAGAGUAAUUAAGUAAUUUGCCCGAGAAUUAGCAGGGGGUUAGUAGCAAAGAUGGGUUUGUUCUUCAACCCUUUUCCUUUUGCCAAUGAAGAUGAGUUGGCCCUGGAACCAGGGCAGGGGCUGGCAGGGGCUUACAGAUGCCGAUGGCUUAUCCAGCCCCAGUGCUACACUCCAAGUGAUUUCAUCAUCUCUCCACAGAGCCCUGAAAAAACGUCUUUUCCUGUGUCUGGCCAGAGACAUAGGGAGUGACAAGUUUGACUUCAGGGAGAAGGAGCAAGGCCUGCUGGGAACAAUGGCCACUGCCCCUGGACUCCAGCCUCUGCCACCCCAGGAGCAGGACCUGGAAGAGCAGGACCUGGAGCAGGAUGAGAUCCUGAUCGUGAAGGUGGAGGAGGACUUCUGCUGGGAAGAGGAGCCCUCCCUGGAAGUGGAAGACCCCAGCCCCGAGACUUUCCGCCAGCUUUUCCGACUCUUCUGCUACCAGGAGGUGGCUGGGCCCCGGGAGGCCCUGAGCCGCCUCUGGGAGCUUUGCUGUCGCUGGCUGCGGCCUGAGCUGCGCACCAAAGAGCAGAUCUUGGAGCUGCUGGUGCUGGAGCAGUUCCUGAUGGUGCUGCCAGGGGAGAUCCAGGCCCUGGUGCGUGAGCAGCAGCCGGAGAGUGGUGAGGAGGCCGUGGUCCUCGUGGAGGGGCUGCAGCAGGAGCCCAGGAAACAGAGGCAGCGGUUCAUUUUUCAGGUCCCCUUCCUCCCUGUGGCAGUGCCCUUGGCCCCACACUGUGGUUCUCUUGCAGCCAGCAGGACAGACACAUCCCCUAAGACUGGAGCACACCGUCAGCCGACUGUGGGCUCAGAGGUGCUUUCUGACGACGUGGUGCCCCUGGAGACAGGGGAACAGUCCUCCAAAUGCCAGACAGAAGCUCAGCCAGAGGCGCUGUCCCUGGAGGAAGAGGCUCAGUGCUCCAGCCAGCAGCACCCAGCCCCCCUGAGCUAUAGGCCAAAAAGGGGCUCCCUGCUGUGGCCCAAGAGGGGCCCAGCAGCCUCCCGGGGCCAGGAGAUGGUGACGUCAGCCUCGUCCUUCCUUUCCGCCUGGUCCCAGCAGGCACCGGGGACCUUGGAGGAUGUGGCCGUGUACCUGUCCACAGAGGAGCAGGAAUGCCUGGACACAGCUCAGCGGCACCACAGCUGGGACGUGCUGCCGGAGAAUGAGGGGCUUGGGAUCCAGUCGGAGGAUGGUGACUCCACCAGGGAGGGCACGCCGGUGAGAAUGGAGUGGUACCGAGUGCUGUCGACACGGUGCCAGGGCCCUGGCCGCCCGCUCCCGGGGCAGGGGCCGGCCCCAGGCAGGGGCUCGGCCAGGCCUGAGCAGCCGAGAGGCUGCCCCUCACCAGAGAAAGGAGGGCCCCGUGGGCCUGACAAGCCGUACACGUGCCCCGAAUGUGGCAAAGGCUUCAGUAAAACGUCCCACCUGACCAAGCACCAGCGCACGCACACCGGGGAGCGGCCCUACAAGUGUCCGGUCUGCGGGAAGGGCUUCAGCGACCGCUCCAACUUCAGCACGCACCAGAGGGUCCACACAGGCGAGAAGCCCUACCCGUGCCCUGAGUGCGGGAAGCGCUUCAGCCAGAGCUCCAGCCUGGUCAUCCACCGCAGGACGCACACGGGCGAGCGGCCGUACGAGUGCGCUCAGUGCGGGAAGCGCUUCAACAACAGCUCCCACUUCAGCGCGCACCGCAGGACGCACACGGGCGAGAGGCCCUAUGUGUGCCCGGCCUGCGGCAGGGGCUUCCGCCGAGGCACCGACCUCCACAAGCACCAGCGGACCCACGCUGGGGAGUGUGUCCCACCGUGGCCCCGGGAGGCCGCAGGGCCAGAGCCUGGCCACCACGCACGCAGCUCCGCUCCCAGGACCCUCGUCAGAAGUUCCCGGUCACAGAAUUCGUGAGGCUGCCAGCGUCGCUUCUGUCCCGGAGCCGGAAGCCCUGACCUGAAGGCAUCUACAGUGGACUCUGGGCCCGUGCGGGCCAGGCCGCGGGGCGUUUCGGAUGCCAGGCUGAGGGAGGAAGUGGGCGCAGAGCAGGGGCACGGGUCGGGGUGCACCUCUGUCCUGGGGCAGCCGGAACGAGCAGUGCAGGCGGAGGCUCCGGCGCAGAGACGCGCUGUCACGGGCAGGAGGCCACGCUGCGGGUGUAGGUGGGGCUGCUCCAGGGGGACGUCCCCAGCUCUGCCGUCCGCUGGUGUUCCGUGGCCUGUAGCCGCCUCCCUCCAUCUCUGCUUCUGCCCCGUGCAGCUGGGACUCCGCGUGCCUGUCUGUCCUCUCCUCGUUUUGUAGGGACACCAGUCACUGGAUUUAGGGCCCCCAGUCCACUCUGCCCUCAUCUUAAGUAAUUACAUGGGCAAAAACCCGAUUUCCAAACAAGGUCACAUUCUGAGGGUCUGGGUAGAUGUGAAUUUGGGGGCCUCCCUGGCUGCUGAUGCCCCACGUCAUGCCCCCCAGCCUUCCCCUCCACUUUGCCAGACUUCCAAACGCAGGCUGUGUGGCUUUUCCAGAAUUGCAGUGGUGUCGGCGGGGAAGUGGGCUGAGUCUGGAGUCACCUCGGCAGAGUCACGGCUGCUCAGAGGAGGGCGGUGCCAGGGAACACCUCCCUGAACCCCAGCUUCCUGUCCUCCGCCACAGGGAGGGAGCCCAGAGAUUCCACUGGGCCUGACAGCUGUCCCCAGGGUGGGGCCCCAGGCUGCCCUCAUUCCUGCCCUCAGUGGUUACUUUCCGCCGUGGCCCUCCUUGGUUGCCCCCAUUCUCUCUCUAAGGUAAGAAUUCUCCACCUUCCAGCUUCUCUCUGGCCUGUGGGCCUCUCUGACCCGCACGCCCACGGCUGGGUGGGUGGCUGUGGGGGCAGUCAUCAUGGAAGUCAUGGCACAGUUGCUGAAACCACUGGGUUCUGGAAUGUUCCAUCCAGGCAGUGUGGUCACUCCUUAUGACUGGGUGGCCUGGGCCCUCAUCCCAGCCUGUGGUGCUCCAUCCCAUUUUGUUGCCCAUUUGCUGUAUAUAUUUUCACUUUUAGCACAACCCAGGUUCCGGGGUGUGAGUCCUGCUCUUUCUCCAUUCCCUUAAUAAAUAACAUGAGUCCUCGCG